CGGCAGUCAGAGAACGUAGCGCGUGUGUUUGCCGACUGGAACGAGGUCGUGUCACUCUCGGCAAUUUUGGGAUCCACGUUUCCUUGACAAGUAAAUUUAGCAAACGUUCAUAUGCUUAAAAAUAGGUUAGAAUUUAAAAAGCAUCGCCCACGUUACCAGAUGUGCUUGUUAAAACAUUAAAUUAUCUAAUUUUAAAAAGAUGAAACUUUAUGGAACUGUCUUUUAAAAUAUUCUGUAACUUUACUUUACCAGUUAAUAAGAACUGCUACAAUUAUUAUUAAAGAAUGCCACCUAAACGUGCAACAGAAGAAACAGAUCGAUUGACCAGAAUAGCUAUAGUUAAUACUGAUAAAUGUAAGCCCAAAAGAUGUCGACAAGAGUGCAAAAGAUCAUGUCCAGUGGUGCGAAUGGGAAAACUUUGUAUAGAAGUCACUCCUAACAGUAAAAUUGCUUCCAUUUCUGAAGAGUUAUGCAUCGGUUGUGGUAUUUGUGUAAAGAAAUGUCCAUUUGAAGCAAUAUCAAUUAUUAAUCUUCCAAGUAACUUGGAAAAGGAAACUACACAUCGUUACUCCAAAAAUUCAUUCAAACUUCACAGACUCCCUAUACCACGUCCUGGUGAGGUUCUCGGUCUUGUAGGAACUAAUGGUAUCGGAAAAUCUACAGCUCUUAAAAUAUUAGCUGGUAAACAAAAACCUAAUCUAGGACGUUUUUCUGAUCCACCAGACUGGACAGAAAUCUUAAGUCACUUUAGGGGUAGUGAAUUGCAGAAUUAUUUUACAAAAAUUCUUGAAGAUGAUUUGAAGGCACUCAUCAAACCACAGUAUGUAGAUCAAAUUCCCAAAGCCGUAAAGGGAACUGUUCAACAAUUGUUGGAUAAGAAGGAUGAAUGUAAAAAUCAAAAUCAGAUUUGUGAAAUGCUUGAUUUGACUCACAUCAAAGACCGAAGUAUUGAUGCUCUGUCCGGAGGUGAACUUCAAAGGUUUGCUUGUGCUAUGGUAUGUAUUCAAGAUGGAGAUAUUUUCAUGUUUGAUGAACCAUCGUCGUACCUAGAUGUUAAACAACGUCUGAAUGCCGCUGUUACAAUCAGAUCACUGAUACACCCAGAUAAGUUCAUUAUAGUUGUGGAGCACGAUCUUUCUGUGCUUGAUUAUCUCUCUGAUUUUAUCUGCUGCUUAUAUGGAGUUCCUGGAGCUUAUGGAGUAGUGACUAUGCCUUUUUCUGUAAGAGAAGGUAUCAAUAUAUUCCUUGAUGGCUUUGUUCCUACGGAAAAUUUACGUUUCCGUGAAGAAUCUUUAGUAUUUAAAGUAGCUGAAAGUGCUACAGAAGAAGAAGUUAAGAGAAUGAGUCACUAUGAAUAUCCAGCUAUGGUUAAAACAAUGGGUAAUUUUGAGCUAACUGUUGAAAGAGGACAGUUUACUGAUUCUGAAAUUCUCGUGCUUCUGGGAGAAAAUGGUACUGGGAAAACGACAUUCAUUAGAAUGUUAGCUGGUAACUUACCUCCUGAUGAUGGGUCAGGUAAUAUACCACAGUUGCACAUCAGUUAUAAGCCGCAGAAGAUUAGCCCAAAGUCUCAGGGUAUCGUUAGGCAACUUUUACACGAGAAGAUCAGAGACGCAUAUGUUCAUCCGCAAUUUAUUACUGAUGUGAUGAAACCGUUAAAGAUCGAUGAUAUUAUUGACCAGGAAGUUCAAAACUUAUCUGGAGGUGAAUUGCAGCGAGUGGCUUUAGUUUUAUGCUUGGGAAAACCUGCAGAUGUUUAUCUGGUAGAUGAACCUUCAGCCUAUUUGGAUUCUGAGCAGCGAUUGAUUGCAGCAAAGGUUAUUAAAAGAUUUAUACUGCAUGCGAAAAAGACCGGUUUUGUCGUUGAGCACGAUUUCAUAAUGGCGACGUAUUUAGCAGAUCGAGUUAUUGUAUUUUCUGGAACGCCAUCAGUAAAGACUGUUGCUCACAGCCCUCAGUCUUUGUUGAAUGGAAUGAAUAGAUUCCUGGAGUUGUUGGGUAUAACAUUUAGGCGAGAUCCAAAUAACUUCCGACCUCGAAUAAACAAAAAUCAAUCUGUCAAGGAUCUGGAUCAAAAAAGGGCAGGACAGUACUUCUUUUUAGAAGAAUAAACGGAUUGAGUAUAUUUUUGAAAAGCCUUGUUAAUACAUCUCUGUUGAGAUAUAGUGUAACAUUACGUGACUUUUUAUAUAUUCAUUCAC